UGGGAAGACUAAUUUUGAAAACGUCUGGACCUGGGGAAAGGUCGGAAGGCCUGGACUAUGGAACAUGUUAAAAUACCUGGAUAUCGUAGACACUGGAAGACCUGAAUGUUAGAAGACCGGUACACUGGAGACGCUGGAAGACGUGGAUAUUGAGCCUGCUUUUGGAAGACUGAGUAGUUGUUUGGAAGACAUGGAGAUGCUGGAAGACGUGGAGAUGUUGGAAGACGUGGAGAUGCUGGAAGACACAGAGAUGCUGGAAGACGAGCAGAUGCUGGAAGCCCUGGAGAUGCUGGAAGACCUGGAGAUGUAGGAAGACAUGGAUUUUCUGGAAGACAUGGUUUUUUUGGAAGAUGUGGAUUUUCUGGAAGACACCCCUUUGUUGGAAGACAUGGAUUUUCUGGAAGACGCACCUUUUUUGGAAGACGUGAAUUUUCUGGAAGACACACCUUUGUUGGAAGACGUGGAUUUUCUGGAAGACACGGCUUUGUUGGAAGACGUGGAUUUUCUGGAAGAUGCCGCUUUGUUGGAAGACAUGGAUUUUCUGGAAGACGCACCUUUGUUGGAAGACAUGGAUUUUCUGGAAGACGUGGAUUUUCUGGAAGACAUGGGUAGGUUGGAAGACAUGAAUUUGAUGGAAGACACAGUUUUGUUGGAAGACAAGGAUUUGCUGGAAGACAUGGAUUUCCUGGAAGACGUGGAUUUUCUGGAAGCCAUGGAUUUGAUGGAAGACAUGGAUUUUCUGGAAGACUUGGAUAGGCUGGAAGACCUGGAGGUCAUUGGAAGACAUGGAUUUCCUGGAAGACAUGGCUUUUCUGGAAGACAUCAAUUUUCAGGAAGACCCGAAUUGUCCGGAAGACCUGGAUUAUUUGGAAGACAUAGAUUUGCUGGAAGACUUGGAAGUUACUGGAAGACAUGAAUUUUCUGGAAGACGUUAAUCUCUAGGAAGACAUAAGUUUGCUGGAAGACCUGAAUUUAGUGGAAGACAUGAAUUUUCUGGAAGACGUGGCUUUAUUGGAAGACCUGGAUUUAGUGGAAGACAUAGAUUUUGUCUGGAAGACGUGGAUUGAUUGGAAGACUGGAUUUGGUGGAAGACAUGGAUUUUUCUGGAAGAUCUGGAUUUGGUGGAAGACGUGGAUUUUUCUGGAAGACGUGGACUGAGAGGAAGACCUGGAUUUCUUUCUGGAAGACUUGGAUUUUUACGGAAGACGUAAAUUAGCUGGAAGACUUGGAUCUGGUGGAAGACAUAGAUUUUUCUGGAAGACGUGGAUUGGCUGGAAGACUUGAAAUUGUUGGAAGACAUGGAUUUUCCUGGAAGAUACGGAUUUUGUGGAAGACUUAUAAUUGCUGGAAGACUGGAUUUGCUGGAAGACAUGGACUGUCUGGAAGACGUGGAUUUUCUGGAAGACUGGGUUAGCUGGAAGACCUUGAUGUUGUUGGAAGACUUGGAAUUAGUUGGAAGACUUGGAGUUGCUGGAAGACUUGGAGUCGUUGGAAGACCUUGACACUGGCGCCAUUGGAAACCCUGGACAUUGGAGACAUUGGAAGCACAGGAUGUUGGAGACAUUGGAAGCCUUAGAUUUUGAGGACAUUCGUUAUUCUGGACAUUGGAGACUUUGGAGGCCCUGAGUGUUGGAAUUAAUGGAUAUGGAAGCCAUGGAUACUGGAAGCCCUGAACACUAGAGACAUUGUAAGUCCUGUACCUUGGAAGCCCUAAACAUUGGAAGGUAUGGACAGUAGAAGACCUAGACAUUUAGAAAUCUUAAAUCAGAAUCCCUGGAUAUUGGGAGACACUAGAAAACCUGGAUAUUGACAUAUUCAUGUUAAAAGACAUAGAAUUUGGAAGAUGUACUUUUCAUGAUGCUGGAAGUCAAAAGUGUUGGCAGCCCUGAACAUUAGGACACCUGGACACUAAAAGAUCAGGAUAUUAAGAGAGACCUAGUUAUUCAGACACUGGGGAUGUUGGAACACCUGAAUGUUAGAAGACCAGGCUCUUGGAGAUAUUGAAAGACUUGGGCAUUAGAGGAACUUGUGAUGACAAGACAUUGUAAAAUCAGGAUUUAGAAGAUACUAUAAAUUGUAGGAACUGAAUUAUUUAUGUGCUGGAAGAUAUUAGAAGAGCUAGACUUGGACACAAUGAAAUAAAUGGACUCUAGAAGACCUGUAACUAGGAGGCAUUGGAGGAUUGGGAACAUAGAAAAAUUGGAAGUUAGAACUCUGGCCCCUGAAAGACAAGACCUGGAACUUGAAGAUUGAUUUUUGGAGUUAUUAGAAGACCCAGACUUUUAAUGACUCUGAUAUUGAGGAGACUAAAGACAUUAGCACUGGAGAUGCUGCAAGCCAGAGAGUAGAAGAGAUGGAUAUUGUAACAUUUAGAAGAUCUGGCAAUUGGAGAUAUCAGAAGCUAUGUAGCUCAGAAGACCUGAUAUUAGAGACACUGAAGAAUUGAAAGGCCUAAUCUUAGAGCUAUUGGAAGGUCAUGUUGAAAAAUAUUGGCAAUGUUGAAAGACUAUCAUAUUAGGACCUGAUGUAACAUUAAAAGACAUAAUAAGGCUACUCAGUCUUUAUGACUAUGGCAUCUCUUUCACUAAAAAGUAAAACACAGAGAAAGGACUUCUUAGGAAGAUGACAAAGAGGAAGCAGGGAAAUUCAAUUAAAAGUGAGUAGUUUCAGUGGAUUGGAACCUACUUCAUAGUCUCAACGAACUGGGAUUCUGGGGGUAUAUUGAUUGACAGCAUGAGGAAUGAGGAAUUAUCAAAGAAUAAGCAACAACAUGGCAGGGGAACUACUUGACUUCGGGUCAGGGGUCAGCAAAAGUUUUCUGUAAAGGAUCAGAUAGUAAAUAUUUAAGGUUUUGCAGGCCAUAUGGUUUCUGUUGCAAAUACUCAACUCUGCCAUUGUAGUGCAGCCUUAGACAAUACGUA